GAGCUGGGGCAGUGCAUGGGGCGGGAGGGUGCUGGGGGAGCAGGACGGCAGCUCUCCGCGCCAGCGAGGGGGAAGGGCUGAGGGGAGCCUUUCCUCAUCUGGCCGAGGGGCCCGGCGGCAGCACCUCCGCGGGGGUCGACGGCAGCGCUGGUGCAUGCGGCCGGCGGGCGGUGGGGUGCCGGGGCGGCAGCGCGACGGAGCGGAGUGGGGGCAGAGGAAAGUGAUGAGAAGUUGAGGGAGGACGGAGCGAGGGUGCCCUCUCCUCUCUCGGCCCGCACCGCAGGAGCAGCCCAGCCCCCAGCAGGUGCAGCAGAGCCUGGGCGGAGGGGACAGGCGGGCCCGGCGCCGCAGCGGAGGGGCUCCGGCGGGAGCAAGGGCCUCAGGCCGGGCCGGACGGAGCCGCGCAGUCCCCGCGCCCGCUCAGCUGAAGGAAAAGAGCGGCAAGUGGAGCCCCGAACAGCGGUUCGCUCCAGGCUUCGGCUCGUUACCAGAGGCAGCGACGCAGAGAAACGGCCCUGAAGGGAGAGCGGUGAGGGAGCUCGCUAUGAAGCCGUACGCUCCAGCUUUCAUUCUCCUGUGGAGUGCUGUCGGGAUAGCAAGGGCUGCCAAAAUUGUUGUUGUGCCGCCAAUUAUGUUUGAAAGCCAUCUUUAUAUUUUCAAGACUCUGGCCUCAGCCUUGCAUGACCAAGGUCACCAGACAGUGUUUCUCCUCUCUGAGGGCAGGGAGAUUCCUCCAUCUAAUCACUAUAGACUUCAGCGCUACCCAGGGAUCUUUAACAGCAGCACCUCGGAUGAUUUUCUCCAGUCCAAGAUGAGGAGUAUCUUCUCUGGGAGACUCACAGCCCUCGAACUGUUUGAUAUCCUGGACCACUAUUCUAAGAACUGCGACAUGAUCGUUGGCAACCGAAACCUCAUGCAUGCCCUGAAACAGGAAAAAUUUGACCUGCUCCUGGUAGAUCCCAAUGAGAUGUGUGGAUUUGUUAUAGCUCACCUUUUAGGGGUUAAAUAUGCCGUCUUUUCCACUGGCCUCUGGUAUCCAGCAGAAGUGGGUGCUCCAGCUCCCCUGUCUUAUGUUCCAGAAUUUAACUCGCUGCUCACAGAUCACAUGAACCUAUUUGAGAGGAUUAAAAAUACUGUUGUUUAUCUUGUUUCAAGAUUUGGAGUCAGUUUUUUGGUUCUGCCAAAAUACGAAAGGAUAAUGCAGAAACACAAGGUUCUUCCAGAACGGUCCAUGUAUGACUUGGUUCAUGGAUCCAGCCUGUGGAUGCUUUGUACUGAUGUAGCACUGGAGUUUCCAAGACCCACGCUACCCAAUGUUGUUUAUGUGGGAGGAAUCCUAACCAAACCGGCCAGCCCUCUGCCAGAAGAUCUCCAAACAUGGGUGAAUGGUGCUAACGAAAAUGGCUUUGUCCUCGUCUCGUUUGGAGCUGGAGUGAAAUACCUGUCAGAAGAUAUAGCAAAUAAGUUAGCACAUGCUCUGGCAAGACUGCCUCAGAGAGUUAUUUGGAGGUUUUCAGGAAACAAACCGAGGAAUUUAGGCAACAACACAAAGCUUAUAGAAUGGUUACCACAAAACGACCUGCUUGGGCACUCUAACAUCAAGGCUUUUCUUAGUCACGGAGGUUUGAACAGCAUUUUUGAAACCAUGUACCACGGGGUCCCAGUGGUGGGGAUUCCCCUGUUUGGAGACCAUUACGACACCAUGACUCGUGUGCAGGCCAAGGGCAUGGGAAUAUUGCUGAACUGGAAGACAGUCACUGAGAAUGAACUGUAUGAAGCCCUGGUGAAAGUUAUUAAUGACCCCAGCUACCGGCAGCGGGCCCAGCGGCUGUCUGAGAUUCACAAAGACCAACCCGGUCAUCCCGUUAACCGAACUGUCUACUGGAUUAAUUACAUCCUCCGUCACAACGGAGCGCAACAUCUACGUGCCGCUGUUUACGGCAUCUCUUUUUAUCAGUAUUUCUUACUGGAUAUUGCCUUUGUUGUACUAGUAGGUGCUGCCUUACUUUAUUACAUUUUGGCCAGGAUAACAAAAUUUAUCCGCAAGCAAAGCAAACAUCUUUGGUCCAAUGACGAACAUAGCGCUGUUAAUGGACAUUACCAGAAUGGGAUACCAAAUGGCAAGUAUAGAAGAAAUGGCCACAUUAAGCAUGAAAAAAAGGUGAAAUGAGCCAACCGCCCCAUGUAAAGUAAUAAUGAAUGAGACGAGUAAUUGAAUUUUAUUGCUGUAACUUAGUCUAACAACUACUUAAAACCUCAAUAAGCAGUUCUAACACUCCCCUACAGUAUGUAAUAUUAUGUGACAAAAUUCUACAGAACUAAGAGAAGUCUUUAAAAAACAAAAAGGCAAGCACAACAUAAAAUGGAAAAUAUGUUAUUCUUAAUACUGAUGCAGAGAGGUUAUUUUGGCACUGAAGUUUUUAGAAGCCUUCAUUCUCUGAAGUUAUACAAUGACCAUAUUUAUGAAUUUUCAGUUUUUAAAAGCUAAGUGUUUGCGUCCCAAACGAGAGGUUUCGUUUUAUUUGCAGAGGUAUUUUUUCCUUCUAUUUUUUUAUUAUUUUAGUAUGUCUGUCUUUUAGCUGAGAGAACUUUAGUGCUAGCUCUGUUUCCUUUGUUGAAGGUUCAACGUGUUGCAUAAAGAUGCUGUUAAAACAUCCCAGUCUUUGCGCAAGAAAUAGCAAGUUGCAGACUGAGAACACAGACAUAAAAAAAGAAAAUCUUAAAAUGAGCACUGAAGAAAAAUGGCAAAAAUAUGUACUCCUUUUACUGAUAAGCUGCAUGAUUCUUCUGCUCAGUACCAGUACUUUGGAGAAAAGGGUAUUGAGCAAGUCUACAAUAUGUCUUAAUUUUUAAUUUAUACAAAAUCUUAUUUGAAGCCUUUCUCUGCAUACAUAAUUUAUGCCAUGAAAAUAUUACGGCGUUUUAUUUCAGUUUAAAUUAUGGCUGUGUGGGAAGUAGAUUUGCAUAAUUAAGAAAAAUAAAUGAAAUGAACAACAACAACAACAAAAAAGAGAAUCUGGCCCUGUGCUUAAUGGAGAAGGUUUUGUAAUGGCCCAGAAUCAAACCACUAAUUGGUGGUUGUUUUUAAAAGCAAACAAAAAAGACCCGCCCUCCCACCCCCUACCCCCAGUUGAAUGUCUUUGCUAUUAAUUCUCAUUUAGUUCUUUCUGAAUCGCAGUGUUGUAGAUGUUCUCUUUCAAUGGUUGUAUCUGGAAAAAAAACAAAAUAUUACCUUCUAUUAAUCUGGGCCACGCAAUCCAUGUUCCACAUAGUUGCCAAUGGGACUCCCCGAUGCGGAUGGGGAGGGUGCUCUGGGGCUGGGGGGUGAGCAGCCACCCCUGCCUGGGCACAGGGUUUGCAGGGGGGGCUCAAGGUUUGCAGGGGGGCUCGGCUGCCUCGGCCCCCCCGCAGCCCCUCCCCGCGACAACCGCUGUCAAUCAAUGUCGCUGACACGGGCGUGAAAAAUCAUAACGGCCCCGCUGAACCAAAGUUGGCAACUAUGAGUUUAUUUCCAUGUCAUUCUGUUUACUUGGAAUUUGCACUACACAUGUUGUGAGUGUAUGCUUUAUUUAUAUGUAGUUUGAAAAUCCCAUGCCUGAAAGAGAAAGGAAAGAAACCCAUUUACCUGGUGAUGUUCACUAACAUAGGAGGAGUUGUGACGAUUAUAGGAUGCUGAGAUCAUCUUCAUACACGGUGAUGUAAUAUUUCACUAUCAUUCCAUCAGGAGCCUCUAUCCUAUAGCAAUAAAUAACAGUACAGAUAUGUUUAUAAUAUACAGUACAGCUACGUGUACUGCUUUCUGAAUACUUGAAGAAAAUGGUAUUAUAAAUAAGCCUAUUAGCUAUACCUUUUUACAAUCUUGCAGUUUGUGGCAACUAAAGGAGCACACAGAGGCGAUGAAUGGUGGGAUGCUAAUAAGACUUCGAGUGUAUGAAUGACUUGGUUUAAAUGUUUUUUUGGCAUUGAAGGAGGUACAAAAGCACUGACCGGAUGAUUAAGCGUAAUUUAAUCUCCACUGUGAUAAAACUUAAGCAAUAAACAUGGAUUUAAUAGAGAAA